AAUUGUGACUGACGCAGACGGUAAAUAUGAAACUUAGCCCUUUGCCUUUGCCUUUGCCUCUGCCUCUUUAGUGAAAGUAUACGUAUUGUUCAGAUUGCAGAUCUGGGUUCCAAAUCAAGUCUAUUCAUAUUUCACUGAGAGUUUCCGUCUGCUGCCGCCGGUUGACGCCUGCCACCUGCCGCCGAUCGUUCGUCUUCCUCGUCGUCAGGGCAUGGGUUUGUGGACAUUGCUCGAGGGCUGCCUGCUUCUUGCAAAUGCACUUGCAAUAUUGAACGAAGACCGUUUCCUUGCUCCGAGAGGAUGGAGCUUCCAGGAAUAUUCAGGGGUGCGGAGAAAUUCAUUCAAGGGCCAGCUACUUGGUCUUAUUUAUGCAACUCAAUAUCUGAGAGUUCUUCUCAUACUCCUCAACACACUCUGUAUUGUUGUAAAGUUUGUAUCUGGAUGAUGAUUCUUGGGUGAGACACGAAAGUUCAUAGAUGGAUGGAUGUAGAAGCUUCCUUGAGGAAAAGCUGCAAGUCUAGUCACAUUUUGUUCGAAACCCUGAUACAAGCUGAUCUUCUUCUAUAAGUUUUAGAUUAAGAAUUGUUUUUCGGUCUUCAUGAACAACUGUUGUAAAAUAGGUCAUCAGUUCAACUACCUAUGCAUAGUAGUUUUGACUUUCUGCAGUUUUUUGAGUACAUGUGGAAUACUGUCCAUCUCUGCUUAGCAUUUGCUUAUCAGGAUGUUGUUUUAAUGUGAACCAAUUCUUGUGAUGAAAGGGAGUCUUGUAGUUAAGAUUGUAAUGAUAAUGAGUAAAGCCCGUGUCUUUAACUUUAA